CAGACUGGUGCGCUGGCGACUGAGUGAUUUAAGUCCGGCUCCUCACUAUAUUUGCUAGAUGCUAGUCAUUUGCAUAUCUGUACUGUGCAUUUUAUCGUCACGUGAAUGUAUAUGAUCAUUUGCUUGGGCUUUCAUGGAGCGUUAUAGCAGCAUAUGGAAUAUUUCGAACUGACCCACAGCAAUGAAGGCAGGCUGUGUUACUGUGAUCGCCUGGCUUCUCUGGCUGAGGACUGCGAAGUGUUACGCACCCCAGUCCCUGGGGACUCCCGAUUCGCAUCGCUUUAAAAACGUUGCUGGAAUAAUUGAGCCCCGUUCGUCUGAAAAUACUGUUAACACAAGCUCUCUUGGUCUGCUUGAAGCGACUAGUCGGUCAAUUGAGUGUCAUAACGUAGUGCAGCUGAAUGGGUCCCAGUGGUGUUCAUUUGUAAAAACUACUGAAGACUGCAAAACUGGAAGUGGCUUUAUUGACUACCUCAAAGGUGCUGUUUGUGGGUUUUACCAUAAUCUGCUACCGCUGGCUAUCAUUCUUUAUGCUGUUUGGUUGUUCUACCUAUUCAUGUUCCUUGGAAUAACAGCUGAAAAAUUCUUUUGUCCAAACCUGGCUGCCAUAUCUACAAGUUUAAAGUUGUCACAUAAUGUGGCUGGUGUAACUUUCCUUGCCCUUGGUAAUGGAGCUCCUGACUUAUUCAGUGCAAUUGCAGCCUUUUCUGAUUCUAGAACAGCAAGCCUGGCAAUUGGAGCUUUGUUUGGUGCUGGUAUAUUCGUGACCACAGUUGUCGCUGGAGGUGUUGGCUUUGCAAGACCAUUUAUAAUCGCAUCCAGACCCUUUCUUCGAGAUGUAAUAUUCUAUAUGGCUGCAGUUUUCUGGGCUUUCCUAGUCAUCUAUUAUGGGCGUAUUGAUUUGGGGCAAGCACUUGGUUACUUGGUACUGUAUGCAGUUUAUGUGCUUGUGGUCAUUGUAAGCAGUAUAAUUUACAAGAAGAGCAAAAAUCAGCUACAAAAUUCUCUUUGCAACAGUCAUCCGGAAAUUUGUGACACUGAGGAUGCAGUUCCAACAUGCACCAGGAGGCUCAUGCAUGAAGACUCGAGCGAAUAUCAGUCCUUAAUUGAAAAUGAAGAACCCAAAUCUACAAAAUCCAUUUUGGCGGACUCUCUUAAUCCCAUUGACCUUCAGAAAUGGAGGAGGAAACAUCUGCCCUGGAAGAUUUUCAAAUGCCUGAAGCUGCCAAUAGAGUUUCUGCUUCUACUUUGCAUUCCCGUGGUUGACUUUGACCAAGAUGACCACAACUGGAAGCGGCCCCUGAAUUGUCUGCAAAUAGUUACUGGCUCGCUUGUCUGCAUCCUGGUAUUUAAAUCAGGCUAUUAUGGAUUACUACUCAUCCAUGGCCACCUUCCUGUAUGGAGUCUUACUCUGGUGAUUUCGUUGAUCUUGGCAUCUAUAGUUUUCUUCUCCACAAAGAAUGAGGAACCACCAAAGUUUCACUGCGCAUUUGCUUUUAUUGGGUUUCUCUUCAGCAUCGUAUUGAUCAACUGUAUAGCCAUUGAGAUUGUCAAUCUCUUGCGCUCCAUUGGAAUAAUUUUUAACCUAAGUAAUACAGUACUGGGAUUGACGUUACUUGCCUGGGGAAACAGUAUCGGAGAUUUGUUCUCUGACAUCACAAUAGCCCGACAAGGAUAUCCACGUAUGGCUAUUGCUGCAUGCUUUGGUGGGAUAAUAUUUAACAUGCUGUUUGGUAUAGGCCUAAGCUCUCUAAUUCAAAUGCCCUACAACAAUAAUGUUCUUGAGAUCAAACGUGACAGCCUCCUGGAUUGGAUUCUAGUUGGAUCACUGGGUUUAAGUCUUGUAAUGUCAUUCGUAUUAAUCCCACUUCAAGGUUUUAAAUUCACACGGGCAUAUGGCAUUGUUCUUAUUUCAUUUUAUAUAUUAUUUGUUAUGAUUGCACUAUUGACUGAAGCUGAAAUUAUACAUAUUUAAA